UCUUCGGGCGUCCAGGGUGACUGGAUUCGCGGUGGGCUUCCAGGAUUCCGCGGCGUCGACGCCGGUUGUAGUCCCUGAGAACCGGAGGGCGGAAGUACAGCGGGAUUCGCUCGGACCUCGGUGCUGGUGCUUUCCUGCGGCUGCGCGAGCUCCCCGGACUCCUAGUCUCCGUGUUUCUGCAGGACUGUGUGGGUCAAGCAGGCAGUGCUGGGACGGUGCCACUUCACCGGUGCGGGAAGCGAGAAGGAGCCGGCGCUCGGAGAAGUUUGGCUUUGAUUGAAGAAAGAAUUUAGCCUAUAUGUACUGCUUUAACCACUGGAAGAAUGACAGAUGACAAAGAUGUACUUCGAGAUGUGUGGUUUGGACGAAUUCCAACUUGCUUCACUCUGUACCAGGAUGAGAUAACUGAAAGGGAAGCAGAACCAUAUUAUUUGCUUUUGCCAAGAGUAAGUUAUUUGACGUUGGUAACUGACAAAGUGAAAAAACAUUUUCAGAAGGUUAUGAGACAAGAAGACAUUAGUGAGAUAUGGUUUGAAUAUGAAGGCACACCACUGAAAUGGCACUAUCCAAUUGGUUUGCUAUUUGAUCUUCUUGCAUCAAAUUCAGCUCUUCCUUGGAAUAUCACAGUACAUUUUAAGAGUUUUCCAGAAAAGGAUCUUCUGCACUGUCCAUCUAAAGAUGCAAUUGAAGCUCAUUUUAUGUCUUGUAUGAAAGAAGCUGAUGCUUUAAAGCAUAAAAGUCAAGUAAUUAAUGAAAUGCAGAAAAAAGAUCACAAGCAGCUUUGGAUGGGACUACAAAAUGACAGAUUUGACCAGUUUUGGGCCAUCAACCGGAAACUCAUGGAAUAUCCUGCAGAAGAAAAUGGAUUUCGUUAUAUCCCUUUUAGAAUAUAUCAGACAACGACAGAACAGCCUUUUAUUCAGAAGCUAUUUCGUCCAGUGGCUGCAGAUGGGCAACUGCAUACACUAGGAGACCUCCUCAAAGAAGUCUGUCCUUCUGCAGUUACUCCUGAAGAUGGGGAAAAGAAGAAUCAAGUCAUGAUUCACGGAAUUGAACCAAUGUUGGAAACACCUUUGCAGUGGCUCAGUGAACAUCUGAGCUACCCAGAUAAUUUUCUUCAUAUUAGCAUCAUCCCUCAGCCAACAGAUUGAAGGAACAACUCCUGGCCUGAAUGGAAUCUCCCUGACCCAGGAUUUACCAGAGCAUGUCACCCUUUGCUGCAAAAUCAAGUUUGGAUAGAGGCAGCCUAACAACACUUGGCUGCUGCCAGCCAAGCAAGAAGAAGACUCCCUGUGAGAUAAGCGACUGGGCUGGCCUUGCUUUGCAUCACUGCUGCCUCUUCCACUGUGUCAUUAACCCCAGCUACAGUGUGGAAGACAGACACCACAGGACCACUGCCGUCUUCUGUCUUCUUGUACAGUAUAAUGAAGUUGAGGCCUUCGGCCUAAGAUGAAAAUGGAAAUACAUGCCACUCAGUUUGUUUCUGAUUAACAAAUUAACUGGGUAUUUCCUGAAAUGACCAUGGUUGAAUUUUAGAUCAAGAGAGUGGAAACAUUGGUUGAAUUUCCAAGAGAAUUAGACUUAAAGUAAAAGAGAAAUUUGGUUGUCAAUACCUUAUAGUAAUUUUUUGUAAAAGAUAAAAUUACAGUAAACCCAUCUUUCCUUAAUGAAAAUUUCCUAUGUUUACAGUCUGUCUUGGUAUGCAAACAAUCUUGUAACUUUGAUAAUGAACAGUAAGAGAUUUUUAAAUAAAGCCUCUAAAUUUGUUUUGUCAUUCAGUAACAUAGAAUUUUACCACUUUUCAAGUGCUUUCUGAAUCCCAUGCAGUAAAUCACUUUCUAUUCUGUGUGUUACCAUCUUUGGCAUGGGUGGAUAGAGGGCAGAGGGCAACUUGUCUCAGGAGCUGUCAUCAAACUUACUGCUGUUGAUUUAAAAAUCUGUGUUCUUUACACACUGAAAGUAUAAAUAAUGUUAACGGUCUUUACUGUUUUAUCAGUGUAAACUUGUCAGAUCAUAGUAUACUAAGUAUCUGUAUAAGAAUUUUGCAUUUUCUGGAAAAGCCCAUUUUGUUCCGAGGUAGUGUUUUUCAUUGGCUCCCUGUCUAAUCUUUCACUGUGACCCCUGGCAACCAGUUUUUGAAGCCUAAACAUCACCUAGGUCCUGACUGCAGUAGCUUUUCCUUACCUUUACCAAAAAUAUCCAGAGGUAUUACUGGAGUUCUUAAAAGGAAAGUUUGCUGCACUUUAUUAACAGGCUGUGGGGAUUUUCCCAGUCAAAUGUGUUUGUGCAUUACAGUUUAUUACUUGUGAGCUAGCCUGCUGUCCAUAUUGAAUGUCAACUCAUUUGAGUAUGCUAAAAGAAUUAUACUAUGAUACAAUAAUGGUUUUAGAUUCCACAAUAAAAAUGAAUGUUUUUUCUUACAAAAAAAUUA